AUGAAGUUGCUUGUGAGCUGGGCUAAAUCUCUUGGAAUGGAAUUCGAUUAUGUCCCUGCGGUUGGCGUGGCUGGCGGCUUGGUGUCUCUUUGGAGAAAAUCUGCUCUCAAGGUUGUGCAGACAAAGAAAAAUCAAAGGUAUCUUCUGUUGUUUGUCCAGUUUAGGAAUUCCUCUGGUAUUGAUGUUGUUGGUAAUGUGUAUGGGCCUAAUAAUGUUGGGGAUAGAGUAGCUUUUUUUAAUUCCCUGGGUGCUGAUUUACGUAUGGCAACUGGAAGUAUUAUUCUGGGUGGGGAUUUUAAUGCCAUAUUAAAUGAUGGCGAAAGAAGUGGUAGCGAGGAAGCAAACAGUGUGGGAGACGCUUCGUUCAAAAGCUUUGUCGAAGAGUUUGAGCUUACUGAUCUUCCUCUCAGGAAUGGGGAUUCCACUUGGGGUAGUACAAGGGGUGGGGGGCUGUGGAGCAAGUUAGAUAGGUGGUUGUUAAAUGGUGAGGCAAUCUUGCGGCUUGAUGGGGCUUGUCAAUCUGUGGAAGAUUGGGGGAUCUCUGACCAUAGGGUUGUAACUUUAAAACUUGGCUCUCAUGAUUUUGGUCCGAAACCUUUUACUUUCUUUAACUGUUGGCUGUUGGAGGAGGGUUUCAAGAACCUUGUGGAGGUGUGGUGGAACUCAGCUUUGGUUGAAGGCUGGUCAAGUUUCAUGCUCCAAGAAAAAUUAAAAGGUCUCAAAGGGGAAAUUAAAGAGUGGCGCCUGAGAAAGGGGGCUUGGGGGUCUGAGAAAAUUAAAGAGCUUGAGGAGAAACUCCAUGAUACUAUGUCAAGGAUGGAGCGGGAAGGUGUGUCCGAUGAGUUGAGAAGAGGGCGUUUGGCAAUUCUAAAUCAUCUUUGGGCUGAAUACAGGAAAGAGGAGAGCAAAUGGCUUCAGAAAUCGAGGUUGAGGUGGCUGAAACUGGGGGACAAAAAUUCUCAUUACUUCCAUAAUUCUUGCAAAGUUAGAGAAUCUCAUAAUAGUUUGGCCAAUCUGAUCUUCAAUGGUGUUUGUCUAUCUGACCCCGGCGCAAUAAAAUUGGCCAUUUUUAAUCAUUUCCAUGCUUUCUUCAAGAGGGAUCCGAGGUGGGGAGCUAAACUAGAGUGUGAUAACCUUCCAAGGGUAUGUGCUGCUGAUAUCACCAUGCAAAGCUUCUUUCACAGAGGAAGAGAUCUGGUCAGUGAUUCAGUCUUGCGAUGGAAAUAG